AUGAUGCACAAUCCAUCUCGCGGAUCUCAGCCGCCCAUUUCCACUGGUGAAUUCUCACCUCCUUGCCUGUGCUUCACAUGCUCCUCGUCUCGUGGUUCAAUUCGCUGCAGCGAUGUUUCGGCACGCCGUUCCUCAUCCUCGUCUUCAGCAUUUACUGGGCGCAGUGAAGGUGCAUCUCAACCCUGGGCUUCUUUUGUUCCUGCCUCUUUCCCUCCUUUCUUCACCCCUCCCCCACUCAUUCAUAACCCUCAAGGCUUCCGCGCGUGUUCCUGGACGGGCAUCAGCCAGCAUUCUGGUGGAGGACCAUCUGAAGCCGGUACUGUCCUUGUCCCUGCCUCUUUCCCCUUCCUUACACCCCAUCACCACUUCUCCCCGUUCUUCAUUCUUCCCCCAUCCAAUCAUACCCCUCAUGGCUUCCGCGCGUUCCCCUGGGCGGGCAUCAACAUUCUGGGGAAGGACUAUCUGAAUCUGGGCCCAGCGGCAGCGCAGCUCAUGACCUCUACUGCCUACAUGCCGUGGAGUGUGAAGCCGUUGUACGGGGGCGGCCGUCGCAUCCCCUACAUCAUCAUCGCCAACACUCCUCUCAUCACUCUCCCACUUCCUAUGCCUGCCCCCUCCGUUCACCCCUGCUAA